UGGAUCUAUGGUGGCGCAUUUCUUUUCGGAGGAGGCCAGGGAGCCAACUUCCUGGAUAACUACCUCUACGAUGGUGAGGAGAUCGCUGUGAGGGGCAAUGUGAUCGUGGUGACCAUCAAUUACCGCGUGGGGCCCCUGGGCUUCCUGAGCACCGGAGAUGAAAACUUGCCAGGGAACUACGGGCUGAAGGACCAGCACAUGGCUAUUGCCUGGGUGAAGAGGAAUAUCAAGGCCUUUGGGGGUGACCCAGAAAACAUCACCAUCUUUGGGGAAUCAGCUGGUGCCGUCAGUGUCUCCCUGCAGAUGCUGAGCCCAAAGAACAAGGGCCUGUUCAAGAGAGCCAUCAGCCAGAGCGGUGUCGGUCUCUGCAGCUGGGCCAUCCAGGACGACCCGCUGGCCUGGGCUAAAAAGCUUGCAGAAAAGGUGGGCUGCCCCACAGACACCACCGCUGCCUUGGCCAACUGCCUGCGCAUCUCCGAUCCCAAAGCUGUGACGCUCGCCUACCACCUGGAACUGAUCAACCUGCCCA